ACGUCGACCACAACUGAAACACCCACAACUACCACCGAGACGACAACCGCAACUACCACUCUAACGACAACCGCAACGUCGACCACAACUGAAACAGCUACAACUCCCACAACUACGACCCCGACGACAACCGCAACGUCGACCACAACUGAAACAACUACAACUCCCACAACAACUGAAACAGCGACCACUCCAACGACAACCGCAACGUCGACCACAACUGAAACACCUACAACUCCCACAACUACCACCCCGACGACAACCGCAACAUCGACCACAACUGAAACAACGACAACUGCCACAACAACUGAAAAAAGUACCACUCCAACGACAACCGCAACGUCGACCACAACUGAAACAGCUACAACUCCCACAACUACGACCCCGACGACAACCACAACGUCGACCACAACUGAAACACCUACAACUCCCACAACUACGACCCCGACGACAACCGCAACAUCGACCACAACUGAAACAACGACAACUCCCACAACAACUGAAACAACAACCACUCCAACGACAACCGCAACGUCGACCACAACUGAAACACCCACAACUACGACCCCGACGACAACCGCAAUGUCAACCCCAACUGAAAUAACGACAACUCCCACAACUACCACUCAAACGACAACCGCAACGUCGACCACAACUGAAACACCUACA